AGCGGCUCUGAGCGGUUUGACACUGUGAGCCGCUGAGCGUCAUGCCUCUGCCCCGACGCCGCUCAUCCUUCCUGGGACAGCCGUCCUCCGAGCGUCCCGCCUCCUCCUGCGGGAGGAUCGGAGCCUCCGGCACGGCCGCCCCCCGGGGCGUCUUCGUGGGCUCCGCCCCUCCGGCCUGCGGGGCCUCCAACCUGGGGACCCGGGUGUCCCGCAGGGCCCUGGGCAUCAGCAGCGUGUUCCUGCAGGGGAUGCGGAGCAGCGCCACGCCUGUUCUGCCCCGCGCCGGGGAGCGGGCGUCACCUCACGGAGCGGCAGCGGCCGGACUGAACAGCUGCCUGAUGGAGUACCGGGACAAAGUAAGAGCCCUGGAGCAGCUGAACCAGCAGCUGGAGGAGCAGAUCCGCCUCUGCCUGGACCGGAAGGCCUCCAGCGCCGGAGCCUGGGGACCCCUCCGCCAGGAGUGGGAGGACGUCUACAGACAGGUCAGUGAAGCCAUCCUGGACAACGCUCGGCUGAUGCUGCAGACGGAGAACGUUCAGGCCAACGCCGAGGACUUCAAGGACAGGUACGAGAACGAGCAGCCUUUCAGGAGGGCGGUGGAGGAGGAGAUCAGCUCGCUGUACAAAGUGAUCGAUGAGGCAACCCUGACGAAGGCGGAGCUGGAGGAGCAGAUGGAGAACAUGCGGGCGGAGCUGCGUAGCUUGGAGCAGAACCAUGAGCAGGAUGUGCGAGUCCUCUACAGCCAGAUGGCGGGUCGAGAGGUGGAUGAACCCGAUGCUCCCAUAGAAACCAGUCUGGACCAGAUCCUGGCCUAUAUCAGGAGCCACUGGGAGAAGGUGACGGAGAGGAACCGGGCCGAGACAGACAGCUACCUGGAGUGUAAGGAGGCGCACUGUGUGAGCAGCAGGCUGAGUCCUGAGGAGGAGCAGGUGGAGGCACUGAAGGCCGAAUGCAAUGACACCGGCUGCAAGAUCCAGAGCCUGCAGGCCGAGACCGAGUCCAUUCGAGCACUGAAACGUGGUCUGGAGAACUCGCUGAGCGACGCCCGCCACUGGCACGACAUGGAGCUGCAGAACCUGGGCUCAGUGGUCUCCAAGCUGGAGGCGGAGCUCGGAGACGUCCGUGGGGAGAUCGAACAGCAGCGCCGUGACUACGACACGUUGCUAGGCAACAAGCAGCGCCUGGAGCAGGAGAUCGGCAUGUACCACGGUAUCCUGGAUGGAGAGGAGAACCGGUUCCAGCCCGCCGAGAUGCCGUGUUCAGGUCUGCACUCAGAGCCUGAGGGAGCUGCUCCAGGACCUCCUGGACCUCCAGGACCUUCAGGACAGUGAUCCCAGUGGAGGAUCAGAGCCAACUGAAGCCCAGCAGGCACUCUGUGAUCUGGACCUGGUCCUGCUGGGUUCCACCUGUGAGGUGUGCAGGUGUGACAGACGCUAAGAACCUGCAGCUACCUGCUGAUUGAGCUGCUUCAUGUGAAUGUGAUGUUAGGGCCUCAGGUGGACCUGUUGCCAGAACACCGGAGGACUCUACCGGACCCAACUGGGGUUGUGGGUCCAGACUGGACCAGCCUGACCUCUGUUGGGUCGAGAUUGUUUGUAAUUAUGUCAAGAAACCAAAUAAAGAUUUUAAAACAAA